AUGUCCGUUCGAAUACAGCUCGACAACCCUCAUACCUUUUACACGAAUCUCGAUUUUAUCAGCGGCAGAGUCAUCCUAAAUCUUGCGAGCGAUGAGGCUGUUAGCAGGAUCGUGGUGAAGCUAGAAGGAGAGAGCAAGACCCGCCUUCUGAGACCACCAGAUAUGCUAUAUGGGCAAAAUCCAAAUAAUCCUGGCCUUUAUGCCAGGAGAGAUAGACAGGAGAUAUGCCAGGAAAAUCACAAGAUUUUAUACAGGGUCGCAGAAGUGUUUCCCAACAAAGCAAUCAUAAGUUCAUAUACGUUAAGAGCAGGCCAACAUGAAUACCCUUUCCGUAUCAAGUUGCCCAUCAAUAACGGCUGUCAUGAUCCAGUGUCGCAACAAAUGGGACCUGGUAGCGGAUUUGGAGGCCUCGGUAUCCAGGGUAUGCAGCAGAUGCAGUAUACUCACGUUAAGAGGACAUUACCUCCCUCACUCACCGGAUUUCCGGGAGAAGCUGAGAUAAGAUAUUAUAUCAAAGUUACUGUACAAAGGCCAUCAAUGUUCAAGGAGAAUAGAAGAUCAACAGUUGGUUUUAAAUUUCUGCCGAUUGAACCUCCAAGGCCUCCGAAAACCACAAAUGAAGCGUUUGCAAAGAGACCAUAUAUGUUCCCAAAUGGAGGGCCACUCUUUGCCAAAAAAGGCCUGUUCACAAAGAAAUCCAAGCAGCUAUCAGAUACGUCCCCACAAGGAGAAGUAGAUGUUAGACUACCUAGCCCUCCUAUUUUAACUUGCAAUAAGCCUUUACCAAUGAGGAUCCUUAUAAGGAAAACCAACCCAAGUCCUGAGCACCUGCUCCUCACGUCAUUGCAAGUAAACCUUCUCGGCUCCACUGAAGUAAAGGCCUCAGAUGUUAUUAGGGUUGAAACAAGUACUUGGGUUGUGAUGAGUUUAACUGGACUAUCCAUCCCCAUUGGAUCACCGAACGAUCCGAUCGGUACCGAAACAGCUAUAGAUAGUAACCUAUGGGAUGCAGUUCCUUUACCAAAUACUGUUGCCCCUACAUUUGUGACUUGCAAUCUGGCUCGUCGAUAUGAACUUGAGGCGAGGGUUGGAUUGGGUUAUGGUUACCCAGGAGAGAUUCAGGCCCAAACAGUAUCUGUCCCUCUCAGGUUCAAAAUCGAGAUCUUCUCCGGCAUAGAACCACCAGCAGCACUUUUGGACGCCAUGACUGCUCAACCCGGUAUUCCAGUUAGACCUCCGGUCAACACGGCACCGCCACCUUUCGACCCGGCAUUUCCCCCACAAAUUGGAGCGCCAGGAGCUCCGGCAUUAGAUGAUGCUCCGCCUUCUUAUGAGGAUGCGCUAGCGGAGGAUAUUACCCAAGCGAAUGGUAGUUCAAGACCUGCCUAUAGUGGUGUUACGAAUGAAAAUGCUCCGGGUAUCGAUGAGAAAGGGGUAUUAAGUAAGGGACAGCAGAAGAGCGAGGUUUAA